AUGCGCAAGCUGUGGUUUACCUUCACGGUGUUCCUUGUUUUGGCUACGAUUGGCUCGUACGCCGUCGAUGCGAAGAAGAAGCUGAUCAACAACAAGUAUGGCGACGGUGAUUUUGAGUUCAUCGACGAGGAUGAUAAAACCAAUCCGCAACAGCAACAACAGCUAGAUUCUGCGGCUGCCAUGCAGCUUAAGCAGGAUCAGCAACAGAUGAUUUCAGAAAAGAAAAAGUGGAUUCAUGAUCCUUCAAGUGAUCUCUGCAAACCGCUCAACUGCAAGAAGAAAGAGCUUUGCCUGCUGGAGGACGCAUACACGGCCGUCUGCGUUUCAAAAAAGGAACUCCACAAGAACAAGUUCAUCAGCAGCUAUAAUUCACUUGCAAACAGGGAGGAAAUAAUCACCAAAAGCAAGUACUUUGAGGAGGAGGAAGCAAAGCGCAAAGCGGAAGCGGAAGCACAAGCAGCCGCGGCAGCGGCUGCUGUUGCCGCAUCCAGCCUAAGCGGGACCGGUGGUGGAAAUGUGCCUGCAGGCGUUGGCGCCGAAACCGGCAGCAUGGCACUGAUGGCGGCCAGUGGGGAUAGCAGUACCGGAAGCAACGCGAACGGUGGCACAAGCAGUGGACUGGAACAGGAAGAGCGCGAGGACGACGAAAGCUCGUCGCAGGAUGACGACGUGUUCUACGACAGCGAGAAGGAGGAGGACUGCAAACCAUGCCCAGUAGUGAAGCCGACCUACCUGUGCGGCAACGACAACUGGACGUACUCGUCGGUCUGCCGGUUGGAAUACCACAACUGCAUCCACAACACCGACGUCAAAGUCAACUGCGCGGGCUUCUGUCCUUGCAAAGAUGGAAACCUGCUUCUCGAUCUGAAAAAGCAACAACGAAUGGCCGACCGGAUGAGUGCGUUCAACGCCAAGUACCAGCGGACGAUCGACAGCAACGACAUCAACGGAGACAACCUCAUUCCGUCGGGGAAGCAGCAAUUGAAGGAGGAAAAGAACCGCCACUACAACCACAUCAACUCGCAGUACACUUUCACGCCCGAGGAGAUCAAGUACGACAACAAGCACUACAAGUACAUCAAGUACACGACGUACAAGGGCAAGCAGUCGCAGUCAGCAUCCCGCCAGUAUGAUGGCUACGGUGCGUCCAACACCAGCCCGGGCCGCAUGACAGGCGAGGACAAGCACAAAAUCCGGGGCUACAACGAGGUCCUCGAUAAGCCGGCCGGUAGCAACGGCGGCGGUAGCAGCAUCAAUAACGGCAACGGCAAGCCAUCCAAGCUGUCCGGCAGCUCGGCACGUUACCCAAUGAAAUCGAACGAAUGCAAACCGCAGCAGCUGACGGCCAUCGGCAACCGGCUGCUCGACUGGUUCUCGGUCAUCAUGGCUGACAGCAAGAAGCGUCGCCAGCACCAACAGCAGAAGAACAAGGUUCACUUCCCGGGUGCCUGCAAGCUGGAGGCGCGUUGGAUGUUCGGCCAUCUCGAUCUCAACAACGACGGUGAGUUGUCGACGCAGGAGCUGUACGAUCUUGAGCACGACCAGAAUGAGCGGUGCAUCAAACCGUUCAUCGAUACAUGUGACCUGGACCAGGAUAAUACAAUCGAUCCUCGUGAGUGGUGCCGCUGCUUUGAGAAGACGGACCGGCCCUGCGCCGCCGUUCGACGACGACUGGGUAACGAUCUGAGUGGAACAUACGCGCCGGAUUGCGAUAGCCAGGGAUUCUAUAAGCCUACCCAAUGCCACCAAGCCGUCGGAGUGUGUUGGUGUGUGGACGAGCAUGGUGUCGAGUUUGCCAACACGCGCACUCGUGGAAAGCCAAAUUGUGAAGAAAUCAUCAACAAUGCUACCACUCUCAACUCCGACGAUGAAGACACGGAAGACUCCGAUGACGAUGACGAUAGCCAGGAGGGUAGCGCCGAUCGUCUAUUGGUGUUCUAA